CGGGCCGCGGCGUCCACUCUACCAGGCUUUUUUCACGAGAGCGCGGCUCGCGACGGUUUCGCGACGGUUUCGUUCCUCGCAGCAAAGCCAAGGCCGAGGAGGUCAUCACGGAGCUCUACGGCUUCAAGGAGGAGGGCAUGGAGGUGCUCUUCAAGCCGACGAAGGCGAGCGAGGUGCCGAUCCGCCACGACUACGACCAGGCCGUGUCCUACUUCGUGGGCGCCGCGGCGGCGGGCGACGACAUUGGGAUCAAGGAGGACAAGGGCUUCGCCAUCAACCCCUGGACGGUACGGUGCGGCGUCGAAACACGUAUCCGCGCCUCACGGUGCGCGCGCAGGCGGUGCGCUUCGAGAACAGCAAGACGAUCCUGAAUGCCGAUUCUGCCACAGCGAUGGGCGAAUAUUACUUCACGACGCUCGAGGGCACGGUCGCGAAGGUCGAGUACACGUUCCAGUACAAGCGCGGCGCGGACGGCAACCUCAAGAUCGUCGUCCACCACUCGUCCCUGCCGUACUCGCCCUGA